UCCUUUGCACAAGCAUCCAUCCAUGUCUAUCCAUCCACCUUUCUUCCUCCCCCCCGCAUGAGAAAUUUUCUUUUCGAGCACAAGUUCUGGAAUCUCUCUCUCUUUUCUAAGGCUCUGUUCUUUGUUUUCUCCGUUUUGAAUUUCUGGGUUUUGUCCAAGGAUCCUCAAAGUAAAGGAAGCUCCUUCCAUCAGCGCAUACAAAGAUUUGGAGAAGGGUUGAUUCAGUAAAAGAUGGGGUAUAUGUGUGAUUUCUGUGGUGAACAAAGAUCCAUGGUUUAUUGCCGAUCUGAUGCGGCGUGUUUGUGCCUCUCUUGCGACCGGAACGUUCAUUCCGCUAACGUCUUAUCCAAACGCCAUUCUCGAACACUCGUCUGCGAGAGGUGCAAUUCACAGCCUGCGUCAGUAAGGUGUACAGACGAAAGGGUUUCUCUCUGCCAGAACUGUGAUUGGUCUGGCCACGUCCCUUCGAAUCCUUCUGCUUCGCAUCAUCAAAGGCAAACCAUCAACUGCUAUUCGGGUUGCCCUUCGAGUGCAGAACUCGGUUCUUUCUGGUCAUUUGUCUCGGAUAAUUCCUCCCCCGGCCAGUCUGAAUGUGAACAAGAAAUGGGUCUGAUGAGUAUAGCCGAUGAUGGCCCGAGAGAAAACUUCACUGCCCAAGAUGUUUUGGCCGGCUCUUCGUCAGUCCAUGAAACCGGUUCCAGGAGAAAUUGUGCUGCGAAGAACAUUUGGUGGCUAGCCCUAAGCUUAUGGCACCUGCAAUAUUUCUUUGGACCACCUCGGAAUUUGCUUCUCCUUAAACUUAAAACAAGAUUGUCUUGUGGUUGGUUGAAGGGCCUUGGAGUAUGUGAUGAGGUUGAUUUGGAUCUUGAGAACUAUGAACAACUUUUCGGCGUAGCCUUCAACCCUCCCAGACGAGCUCUUUGAAGAAAACGGUGGCCUUUGACAGUCUGUUUCAGAAGAACGACGUCCCUUUCUGCCAAACCCAGGGAUUUGUCUGCUGCAUCUGCAGAUUCUUUCUUUAGUGCUAAAGCUGAUUCAAAGAGAGUUUUGAGAGGAAAAAGCUCCAGCUAAGGCCAAAUUCCACUGUUGGGUCUGAAAGUUUCUGAAUUCGAAAAACACGCAGCAAAAGAAAGCAACUUUGGCACUGAAGAGGUCAAGUUUGGUUCAUUAUUACAUGCACCAGAGAGAUCAUCAUGCUCUGUUCUCUUUGGCGUCAGAGAAACGGCAUGAGUGGAUUUUGUUCUUCUCUGAUGUACUUAGGCUAUUAGACGCAAAAUGUUUUCUAUCGUCUUUUGUUGCACUACGAGGAACAAGAAUCUGUAAUCUGUCUGAAACAAAAGUUCUAGUCAUACAACAAAAACCUACGAUUCUGGUCCC